GGCGCUGUCGAGUAUUUAGUUUCCCUCCCGUUUCCACUCUGCGCAAACAAGAUCAUUCACAUUUGACCCACUUUCCGACUUCAGCACUCUCUUUUCGCUUCAGAGCGCCGACCGUAGCUAGCAGGCUGAAAGAAACCGAGAACCGUUCCAACCAGAUCCGAGAGAGAGAAGAGGUGGGGGAAAUGGACAUGAAGAAGAGAAUUCACCUAGAACUGAGAAAUAGGACGCCGUCGGAUGUUCAGGAGCUGGUCCUGGAUAACUGUCGGUCGAACGAGGGGAAGAUGGAGGGCAUAACGGAGGACUUUGAGAACCUGGAACUGUUGAGUCUCAUCAACGUCGGCCUCAUCGACGUCUCAAACAUACCCAAACUGGGGAAAUUAAAAAAGCUGGAGCUGAGUGACAACAGGAUAUCCGGUGGUCUGGAGGUGCUGGCUGAACGGCUGGUCAACCUCACACACCUCAACCUCUCUGGGAACAAGUUCAAGGACAUCAGCACACUGGAACCACUGAAAAAGCUUCCCGUACUGAAGUCCCUGGACCUGUUUAACUGUGAGGUCACCAAUCUGGGAGACUACAGAGAGAGCAUCUUCAAGCUCCUCCCACAGCUCACGUACCUGGAUGGCUACGAUAUCGAAGACUGCGAGGCCUCCGACUCGGACGGCGAGGGAGACGGGGUCGACGACGAUGAUGAUGAUGAAGAGGUGGAGGAGGGAGAGUCUGAAGAGGAGGAGGAAGAGGAUGACGAAGAGGUCGUUGCAGAGGAAGAUGAUGACAGUGGAGAGAGUGGAGAGGAUGGGGAGGUGAACGGAGAUGUCGAUGAUGACGAGGAUGAAGAUGAUGAAGAAGAAGAAGAUGAUGAAGAGGAAGACUCUCCAGCGAAAGGAGAGAAGAGGAAGAGGGAUCCUGAGGAUGAAGAUGAAGAGGAAGAUGAUUGAGUGUCCUCCCCUGACCCCCACACCCCUCAAUAUCUCAGAUACCCCCUGACCCUUCCACCCCUCAAUAUCUCAGAUACCCCCUGACCCUUCCACCCCUCAAUAUCUCAGAUACCCCCUGACCCUUCCACCCCUCAAUAUCUCAGAUACCCCCUGACCCUCCCACCCCUCAAUAUCUCAGAUACCCCCUGACCCUUCCACCCCUCAAUAUCUCAGAUACCCCUCUUUGGCCUUUAGUUGCCCCCCUAUUGCCACUAUUGCCCAUCUCCUCUCCCCAUGUGUCCCAAAUGUCAACCAUAUUCCCUAUAUAGUGCGCUACUUUUGACCAGGGUCCAUAGCCUUGAAAAGCCCAAUGGGUCCUGGUCAAAAGUAGUGCACUAUGUAGGGAAUAGGGUGUAAUUUGGGAGUGAACCCUACACACACCCCUUUGCAAGGACUUGAGUUGCCCUGUGUCGUGGUCAUUUGGGGGGGGGGGUCUGGAUGGAAUCCUGAAACAACCGAGUCGUUCGUCACUGCGCAACAUUCCGUGACAUCACCGGGUGGGAGGGGCUCUGUCUGACGUCGUCAUGAUGUCACCGCCGGCGUUCCAGAUCAGAAGAACGAUGUCACCAGCUGGGGGGGGUUUCCAGGUUCCGUGAUGACGUCAUCAACUACUUCAGAGAUUCUGUCUGGAAACAACAUCAUCAUCAUUGCCCAGACAACCAACGAACCACCCAACUUUCUCAACGAGGACAACUCCCCAACCGUGGAUGCGUCCAAAAAUGGUUCCCUAUUUAGUGUUCUACUAGGCCCGUUUCGAGCUCUGUUCAACGGUAGUGCACUAUAUAGGGAAUGAGGUGACGUGCGGGACAUCGCUAGAGUUUUGUUUUUGCCGCCAGAGCUUUUUAAAAUAUUUUUUUCAGAGGACUUUUUGUUUUUGUAUUUUGUCAGUGCCGUCUGUCUCCUCCCUGUGUUUUGGGUUAGGAUUGGACCGGAGGUAACAUCACGCUGGGUUGCGUCCCAAAUCACACCCUGUCCCCUAUAGUGCACGACAUAGGGAAUAGGGUGCUAUUUUGAGACACACUGUGUACACUGGCUGGUUGUGGCUGUUUUUUUUACUUUGUGUAAGCAAAAAAAUUUAAUAAAAAAAAGACAACGUACAAAAAUUGACUUUUGUAAAUAAAAUCUUAACAUUUUCCUCCUU